GAUGAUUACCUUCUCGUUUACUUCCCAUACCACCAAUUAAUCGCUCACAGAGAGGCAAUGGAAUUUUCCGGUAUCGUCGGCGGUAUUCCGUUCAUUUCGUUAUUCAUCUUCACCGGAAUCCUCGUCAACCUCAUCCAAGUGAGUUGUUAUCUAACAAUCUGGCCGGUGUCGAAAAGUACAUUCCGGCGAAUUAACGGAGCAAUAACGGAGUUGUUAUGGUUAGAGGUUGUUUGGUUGAUGGAAUGGUGGUCUGGCUUUGAGGUUAAAGUGCAUACAGAUGCCAAAACUUGUCAGUUGAUGGGGAAGGAACACGCAAUUAUUAUGCCUAAUCAUGUUUCAGAUUCCGAUACGCUACUUACAUGGAUUUUAGCACAGCGCGUGGGUUGUCUUCGUAGUGCACUAACAAUAGUAAAGAAAACAACACGAUACCUUCCGGUGUUUGGAUGGACAAAUUGGUUUUCAGAAUCUAUUUUCCUGGAUAGAAAUUGGGCAAAAGAUGAAAGCAAAUUGAAGUCAAGUUUUGAAGCGUUAAGUGAUUAUCCGACGCCGUUUUGGAUGACAAUAUUUGUGGAGGGAACACGUUUAACGGCUGAUAAACUCGUUGAAGCUCAAUCAUUUGCUUCUUCUAAAGGCUACCCCAUCCCUAAGAAUGUCCUCAUCCCCAAGACCAAGGGGAUAGUAACAGCAGUACAAAGCUUGAGAUCCUUUGUUCCAGCAAUUUAUGAUGUUACAAUUGCUAUUCCCAAACACCAACCUUUCUUCCCCACUUUACUCACUUUUUUGAAGAUGCAACCUUGCAAGGUGGUAGUGCAUAUAAAGAGAUAUUCAACCAAGGAUCUGCCUGAAUCAGAUCAAGGCAUUGCUCAAUGGUGUAGAAAUAGGUUCAUUGCCAAGGAUGAACUACUGGAAAAUUUUGCAGCAACGGGCACAUUUGAUGAAGAAGAAAUCACAGAGUUUCGUCGUUCAACAAAGUCAUUGAUAGUUACUCUAAUAUUCGCCGGUAUAUUUUUAGUUGGAGGAUGGAUAUUUUUGAAAAGGCUCUCAAGUGGAUGGCAAUAUCCCACUUUAGCCACCAUUAUUGGAAGUGUUGCCAUAGUUGUUCACAUUUUCAUUGAAUUCACCAAAAUGCCUCCACCAAAGAUCAAAGCUACUCAAAUUUGUACACAAUAAUAUCUACAUUAAAGCCUAAGUAAUAAUAAUGAUAAUAAUAAUAAUAAUAAUAAUAAUAAUAAUGUUCCUGAGUUGGUCAUCGAAGUAACUAGAGUUGUUGGAUUUUAUGGGAAUUUAGAAUAGAUUUCAUACAUAUAUAUUGUUGUGUUUGAUAUAUAUAUAUAAAUAAAAAUAUAAUUUUGCAAGAGAGAGCUUAGAAAUCAA